AUGGCCUGGAAACCCAUCACUCUCGCUUUGGCUCUGAGCCUUGCCAACACCAGCCUUGCAGAUGUCUACUUUGGCAGCCUCUCCGGCGAUGACCUCAACUCCGGCCUAGUAUGCAAUUACAUCGCGUGGCUGGGCGGCUCCGACCCCUGUAAUGCAGGCAACUGGCCACCAGCCGACAACACUGGUUCGUGCCCUGGCGGAAACAAUGAGGCCCCGAAUUUCUGCGGUGGUGGGCUAGGUGGUGUUGGGUGUCCAUCAGACUUUCAACUCGAUUCGUCGGAUGAUUGUGGCGCUGCGUGGACUGCCCUGGGGGACUCAUCGCCAGCACCGUCAGCCGGCACAUUCUAUGCAAACGUGAUUGAUGUAGCAGAUAACAAUGCAAUCGUGGGGCGAUACACGCUUUUGUGGGAGCCAGUUGUGCACUGCUACAUGGACAGUGGUGUUGGUUGUUGA